GAAAAUUGCAAUGAACAUAAUAGUAAACACGGAGUUACUUUUGUGUCUCUUACAUCAUUACUCGACUUCUAAGAAGGGUGAAGCAUUAUACGAAAUAUGGAAUUAAAAAAGCAGUUCAGUUUUCUCAUAUGCAUAUUUAUUGCUUUGGAAUGCUAUGUGAAUAUCCUUGCCCAAGAUGUCUCUCCAGAAAAUAGAAUAGCGAUUUCUCCUUUAGCUAUUGGUGGCAUGCUUCAGGGAUUGCUAACUAUGCAGAUUCGACCAGAAGGAGGUUUUUAUGAGGAGAAGUAUAAGCAAAUUUUUAAAGACGACGACGAGAAACUUCAUUCUGUUACAUACGAGUCUAUACUUCAUUUAAGUGAAAGCGAUAUUUCUGAACUUGCUGAAAAAUAUGAUCCUCAAGAAAUUUUGUCAAAUGAUGGAAAACAGCUAAAAGGAGCUCUUCAAGGAAAAAAUGAGAACCCUUGUUUCGAUGAGGAUAAAAUUACUAAGAAUCGUCUUUUAGGACUGAUGUGUUCAUUGAAGCUUUUGAAUGAACUUCGACGUCAUUGAUGGAAAAUGAGGCAACAAAGUGAGUCAUCAUGAACAAUAAGUCAUUAACUCAAUUUUAUGUUUGCAAAUGUUUUUUUUAACGGGAUUUAAAUUGCAAUAUUCAAGUUUUGAUGUUUUAAUAUAUUUUGUUUCGAAUUAUUUUGCAAUAAAAAUGA